AUGCGACUGGGAAACGGAUAUUUCCGAGGACCUCCAGUACGCAAUAGAAGCCAUGGAGUUCGGACGCUGCUGAUGUCACCACGCGUUGUACGACGCAAUGGCGGGGACUGCCUCGACGAAGUCGCCAGAGGUACAUCGAACCCGAUCGCGCACGCAGCCGAUCGGUCGCUGUUUUGCGGGUCAGCUCGGGCUCCGCAUCUUUCCCGUGCUCGUCGUGGAUUGCGAGCAUCCAUUGCAAACUUGCCCUUAUUCGAUCUCCGCGACUGCAUUUUUCAACACGGCAGGGAAAGCGGCGGCCCGAAUCCAGUGUCUACCUUGAAGGGUUACAGCGCUGAUGUCACUGCGUUCUCGCCGGACGUAUGGAACGCGUCCUUCAACAGCGUGGGGCCAUCGUGA